UCAAGCAGCAGCAUUUAGUGAGUGGAGUCCCUGAACAGGUGCACACAGGUUUGUUGUCAUCAUGUACAAGUCCCAAAGGAACCCAGGCAGAAAUGCGGUUUUCUACAAACCAGUUGACGGGGUGAAGGAGAUCAGAUCAGGAUACCUAUACAAGUCUCCUCCCUCACACAAACUGAAGUCAGAGAAAUCGUGGAAGAAGCGACACUUUGUGCUGUACAAAGUCAGCGAGAACGAACAUCUGCUCAAAUACUUCAGGAGUGCAACGGAAAAGGAAAGGCCACUUGGAGGCAUAGACCUGACAAACAUCUCACUGUUGUACGUGAGUCCUCAACAGCACCAGAGGUGGGGGUGGAUCCACAAGAGCUUCAAGUGUCCCCCGUCCUGUGUGCUCUUCAUCAAAGCUGGAGACAGGGAAUACUUCCUGGUCGGGGAGAACAGUGAUGACGUGGACGGCUGGUUCGUUGACCUGUUUGAGGCCCUGAAAACCCGGCCGUAUAGAUUUAUGAAUAUCGAGGAAAUAACUAAUGGGCACAACCAAAUUGAGGUCAUUUCAAAUCCUGUUAUGCUGAGAAAGAAAUCAUCCGAUCCGUUUGAGAAGCCGUCAUUUAAGGUGCGGUCUGUGUCUGAUCCAUCCUCAAACAAUCUGCAAAACAACGCCAAUGGCUGGGAGCAGAAUGAAGAUGGUAGACGACCUGUGUCCGAGCCAAUCUAUGACUAUCCCAAAUCCUACUUAAGACAAGCACAAGUGAAUGGAAAUGGCACCAACGUGGAGUCACUAUAUGAAACGAUGCAGGAACUCUCUCCAAAAGAGCGAGUCACUCGGGCAGAGGACCUUGAAGUGGAAAGGGUCACCAACGGCAGCCUCAUGAGAACUGUCACUCUUGCCUUUGACAAACUGAAGACCCAGAUUUCACCGCUGCCUUCGUUCAGCGAGGAGGAAGCUGCUGAGGAGAGAGAAGAAGCUCAUCCUUCAGACUUCAGCAGCAGUUCCAGUGACAACGGGACCAUCUCUCCUGUGGAGGGUCGAGAGCGUGCGUACACUCUGGAAAACCAAGGCUCCACUGAGAGUCUUGACCACGUCACCCCGAACGAAAGAGACAUCGAGGUCAACCAGGCAGAUUUGAAAAAACACCUGUCGCUGAUUGACGUGGAGGGGAAAUCCUAUGUGUCCGGGUGGACGGGUCAGCCCCAGACCGUGUGUCUCUUCCACAAAGGAGACCAGAUUGUGGGGAUUAAUGACUUGCUCAUCGGCAGCGUGAAGGAGUUCCACAUAUACAUCAGCAAGUCGCUCAAGAACCAGGUGAAACUCACCAUCCUGCGUCGACCUGGAUGUCUGCCCCUGCACUCGCCCAGCAGUCUCUGCAGUGACGCACAGGAAGCUGCGGCUGAGGGACACGGCGUGCCUUCCUCUCCUGGUUCUGGGUGUGUUUGAAAUGACUCUUUUCAGGCACCCUCCUGCCUCCACUACAGAACAAGACAGUAUUCUUCCAAGGCUGUGGUCCAACCAGGUCACCAGGAUCAUACUCUUAUGUAGCACGUUGUACUUUUCUGCAAACCCGCCAUCACGUCUACUGAGAUGCAUAUCGACAUUUUAUAACUCUUUCCGAGCGUAUGAGGAAAUGAUGGUGAUGCUAUUCAUUUCCCGGUUAAGGCCCAGUGAUUGAGUAACAUGAGGCGAAGUCAAAUGUACCAAAAAAUAGCCUGGUUUUCUCUAUAAAUAGGUUUGUUUAGGUCUCCCUCACUUAAGGAAUACAAGACAGUUUUACACAAGUGCUGAUGUGACGCGUGUGAGCCAGUAAAAUGCAACAUUUACCACAGUCUGCAGAAAAGUACAUGGCAUAGAACGUUGUUUAAUUCCUAAUCAAAUCCUAAUCUGUCCUCCUACUAUUUAACUGUUUAGUGGAGCUAGAAGUGACGGUUAACGUUAAAAAUGAGAAAUACUUAUACUCAUAACUCACUAACGUUAUGCUUAUCUUCCGGGAUUGUUUUUUUUUAAAUGUGAAAUGCCCCUGCUCUGUAGGAUCAUACAG